UAGAGGUGACAGUGACUCCCAGGAUGUGCACUUUACGGCUACAAGUGUUUCUACUUCUCUGUGCUGCAGUCGCUAUUGUCUGUCCGUUAAAAUGUACCAACAAACCACCUCACAUCAUCUACAUCCUGGUUGAUGACAUGGGUUGGAAUGAUGUCAGCUUCCAUGGUUCAAACCAGAUUCCGACCCCCAACAUUGAUUCACUAGCCUACCAUGGAAUCAUCCUCAACAGACAUUACACACAACCCCUUUGCACCCCAUCCCGGUCAUCUUUGAUGACUGGAAGAUAUCCUGUCAAUGUGGGAAUACACUAUGCACUUGCUGCAUCUGACAGGACAGGAUUGCCUCUGUCUGAAAAGAUACUACCCCAAUACUUAAAGGAUAUAGGAUAUGCAACCCAUUUGGUUGGGAAAUGGCAUUUAGGAUUUUACAAAAAGGAAUUUACCCCUAUGGAAAGAGGUUUUGACACCCACUUUGGAUAUUGGUCAGGAGCGGUGAGCUACUAUGAUCACAUCAAUGAAGACUUGACCCUUAUACCUCCAAACAGGUACCCCUUCAGUGGUCAUGACCUGAGGAGGAACUACAGCUCAGCAUGGGAUGUGGUGGGUCAGUACGCUACAGAUGUGUUCACUGAUGAAGCUGUUCACCUGAUCGAUAACCACCCAUCACACAAACCCUUGUUCCUCUACUUGGCCCACCUAGCAGUACAUGCAGGCAAUCAGGGAAAGUUGUUGGAGGCACCUCAGGAUGAAAUCAACCGUUUCUCUUACAUAAGUGAUCCAAACAGAAAAUCGUAUGCAGCAAUGGUUUCAAAACUUGAUAAAUCUAUAGGAUUGGUUAUUGAUGCAUUGGAUAGAAAAGAUAUGUUGAAGGAUUCAAUAGUUGUAUUCCUCUCUGACAAUGGAGCUCCAAACAUUGGAAUAUACAACAACUGGGGCUCAAAUUAUCCUUGGAGAGGGCAAAAGGCUACUUUAUGGGAAGGAGCUGUAAGGGCACCUGCAUUGAUCUGGAGCCCUCUAAUAAACUACCCAUCGAGAGUAAGCUACGAGUUGAUGCACAUCACAGACUGGCUCCCCACUCUAAUGUCUGCCACUGGUUGUGAUGUGCAACUGAAGAACAUUGACGGUGCCGACCAGUGGCAUACAAUAUCUUUUGGUUACCCCAGUGUACGUAAUGGACUUGUUGUUGAUGUAGACAAAGAAAAUGAUAUGUACGCUCUCUUAGUUAAUAAUUUUAAAUACAUUAAAGGACCUCUUUUUAAAUGGUCAAAACCUGAAGAGGGUACAUUUUUAAACUUUGACAUAAUAAGAUCGUCAGAAGCGCCAGAAUACAAAAUGGAAGACUUGGUUCAAUCUUCAACAUGGCAAGCUUUGCAGAAGUACUCCAAAAACCCUUAUCUUCAGUACAGAAUAGAAGAACUGAGACAAGGGGCGAGUGUGACCUGCAAUCAUGAUUUUGACCGAACUUUCAACUGUACCACUGAGCCUUGUUUAUUCAACAUACAAACUGACCCAUGUGAACAGAACAACUUGGCAGCAGUUUUUCCUUCAGUAGUACAGCAGUUUGAGGAGCUAAUUAAUUUACACAAAAAAACGGGAGUACCCAAUGUGUCUUUAUACAAAGACCCGGCUUCAAACCCAAAAUAUUUUAACGGUACUUGGGACAUUUGGAUGCAAUAACAAUAAUUGUUAAAUAAUAGGACAAAUUCAGUAUAAACACAUGCAUUUCUUUUUGCUUCAAGUAUACUAUAGUUUAUUAUUUAUGUUAAGUUAAUGCAAGAUGUAAUAAUAUGUUCUUUUUCAUUGUAUUGUACAAAACAGCUCUUUCAAUUAGGGGCCAUCCCAUAAUUACGUAACGCUGAAAUCAAACUUUGAAGACCCCCUUCCUCUUUUGUAACGGACUUAUAAUGGUAACACAAACCCCCCUUAAUAAUUAUGUAAUUGCAACCACCCCCCCCUCCUAAUUUAAAUUAUUCUAAAAAUAGUGAUAUAAUAAAGACAAUUUUAACCUCCAAAGUAAUAUGUGAUUUAUUAAUAUAAAUUAACUAAACCCAAACUUUAGAACAUGUUUUGAACUAUUUCCUGUUUCUAAUUGCCAUAUGCAUUUUUGUAAUUAAAAAUCAAUGAUUGA